AUGAACAAGAACUUAAUUUUUCUAAUCUUCAACGGCAUCCUCUUCUUCCUCGCCAAAACCUCCUCCUUAGUCCGCCCUCCUUCGCGUUCUGAUCUUGACCACGCGCUCCACAAGAGAAUCAGCAACGCCCUGGAGGAAGAGACAGAGGCAGAAGAAACCCUUUCAGAUAAACAUAUAAACUUGGGAGAUGAAGAGGCGAUUAAUCCUUAUGAAGGAGAACAUGUGGAUGGUGAAUUAGAUGAGAUUGAGCUCCGAGGUUGCUGCCUUUUCGAAGAUGUGGAUGGUCGAGAUCAAGAGGUUUGUAAUGGAGGGGAAGAAGUUGAUGAAAUAGAGAAGCUGAGUGACGAUGAAUUGAACCAAAAAUUUGAAGAUUUCAUUAGGAGGAUGAAGGAGGAGUUUCUAAUUAAUGAUUAUCAACGAAAACAACUAGUCUUGGUUAACUAA